CUCUGAUUAAAAAAAAGAGGCUGAAAGGUGCCGUGAAGGGCAGGCAAAGCGCGGUGAGGGCUCCCGCAGGAAGCUUGUCCCCUCUCAGAGGCCGUACCCCGCUCAGCUGCUGCCGUUCCCGCCUAAAUUUUUUGGUGUGUGUGAGGAGGGAGUCCGGGCCUCGAGGCCUGCAGGCUCCAUGAAGCUGCUGCGCCUGCUGUGCCGCCACAAGACGGCGCUGGGUCUGGGCGGCCUGUCCCUCUUCGCCGUCGUCCUGCUCUACCUGGCCAAGUGCACCUCCGAGGGCCUGCGGCCGCUGCCAGCCCCCCGCGGGUUGCCUCACCAGCAGCCCCCUCUGCCAUGGGGUGCCAGGGGGCCGCCUGCCAUCCCGCCGCCCUCCCCUCCUCAGGAGUCGGCCUUUUUGGCAGUGCUCAUCACCAGUGGCCCCAAGUACACCGAGCGCCGCAGCAUCAUCCGCAGCACCUGGCUGGCAGCGGCCGGCCGCUCUCCUCAGCACAACAUCUGGAGCCGUUUCGUCAUCGGCACGGGUGGGCUGGGGGCUGAGGAGCUGCGGAGCCUCGAGCUGGAACAGAACCGCCAUAGGGAUCUCCUUCUCCUGCCGGAGCUGAAGGAUUCCUACGAGAACUUGACCGCCAAAGUGCUGGCCACGUAUGUCUGGUUGGAUCUGCACCUUGACUUCCAGUUCGCCCUGAAGGCCGACGAUGAUACAUUUGUACGUUUGGAUGUGCUGGUGGAAGAUCUGAGAGCCAAGGAGCCACGUCGUCUCUACUGGGGCUUCUUUUCUGGCCGUGGUCGAGUGAAAUCUGGUGGGAAGUGGAAAGAGAGUGCCUGGGUGCUCUGUGACUACUACCUACCGUAUGCCCUAGGUGGAGGUUAUGUGCUUUCUGCGGAUCUGGUGCACUAUCUGCGGCUCAACAAAGACUACCUGAACAUGUGGCAGAGUGAGGAUGUCUCCCUGGGAGUCUGGUUGGCUCCAAUCGAUGUCAAAAGAGUGCACGAUCCUCGUUUUGACACUGAGUAUAAGUCACGGGGUUGCAACAAUAAGUACAUAGUAACGCAUAAGCAAAGCAUCGAGGACAUGCUGGAAAAGCACCAGACUUUGGCUAAAGAAGGGAAGCUCUGUAAAGAGGAGGUUAAGCUCAGGCUUUCUUACAUGUAUGACUGGGGAGUGCCACCUUCCCAGUGUUGCCAAAGGAAGGAUGGCAUCCCCUGAAAUUCUGAGGAAGGGAAAAGGCAGAUUAUUACUGGACUCUCUGAGCUGGGUUACUGUUAUCCGGGGAGAAUCCCAAUAACUAGGGCUUAAAAAAUUACUCAAAAGAUUUUGCACGAUUCAUUAUGUCACAGUCAAUGAAACCCUGAAACUCCUGAGAGCUACUGGUGUGGCAUGAUGUAAAGUUGUUUAUAAAAGAGAAAGAUAUGACAAAAACCUGGAAAGGCUCACGUUACAGGAUUGAAGGCAAACAGUAGGUUGUGAGAUGGAUAGUACAGAGAUCUGGGGGAGAUAACUUGGAUCAAAAGCUGCUAGAAGAUUUUUAACAGAUUCUAUGAUAUAUCUGCUAAAGAUCGUGGCAGGCCUUUACAGUGUAAGAUUGUGAAACUAACAUCUGGUAUUUCUUUAUUGGCAAAAAACAAUUGUCAGUUUGGCAAGGUUUGAAAAUUCGAAGGCGGCCACAAAUUGGUUGCUCUUGCCAGUGGGAACAGGUGUCUGUCACAAGCAUUCAAGUAAGGAGAACGAUUCUGCACCAGGUAUUCACAUUAGGGGACGGAGAGAGUCUGUUCUUUGGAGAGUGCUCUGAUUUACAAUGAUAGAAUUAUUAGACCUUUCUAUGUAACUUGUCUCUUUUUGUUAUUGUUUUAAAGACAUCUUGUACAUAAAUUAUCUGGCAGCUACAGAGUAAAAUCUGUAUUUAGAAAGCUGGAUGAGUUACAUACAGCAUUUGGCAGGUAGAGUAUAUUAUUUGGGGGCACGUAGUUAUGCUACAAAGCUAGCUUUCAGUUGUUAGGCAUAGAUGGUGUUCUUAGCUUAUUGUCCGAACCCGGUACAUCUGAAGCAGCAUUCCACCCAAACAGCAAACAAUUCCACUGCUGCCCAGUCAGAUAUUGUAGCCUUUGGAUUUAUAUUAUUCUCGAACACUUGGGUACAAUAUACAUUAGCAGGAUUAGGUCAGUGGAAGGUAUUCAGAAGUCAGAUGAGAUUGCCCUAAAUUGGAUAGCUCAGAUAAGAAAGCAAACUCUAUAUAGUCAAGAUUAUCAUUUAUAGGCUGCUCUGGUUAUCAUUUAGAGAAAGGGUGUUGUUUUUCCCCUAAUUUCAGUCCUGUCUGAAGACAGCCUUUUCUCCUGUUUCUGGACCUGCACAGUGCUCUAAGGAAACAAAUUCCCUGACAGUCCCACUCCCUCUUUCUCCCCAGUAUAUCUCCUAGUGGAACAAAAAUUAUUUUAGUGAAGGUCUAAGUUACUUGCUCAAGUGAUAUGUCAGUAAAUAGGAUUAUUUCCUUUUGUCCUGCCUGCCCUACAAAGAAUUGCAGCGCUUACAGAGCUUGUCAGCAUCGAGUACAAUACUGAGCAGUAAACACAGACUGGGCUUUCUUGAUUUGUAGAACAGAUCAUUAGAGAAUUUCACCCUCAAACUUUUAGGCAAGCCUGUAAUUCUAACACUUUUGAAUGGCAGCUGCUCCAGUACACCAAUAUUUUUUUCCAGUACUGCAGAACCACUGACUUCCAGAAACCUUUGUCAGCAACAGAUCCUUCAGUAUGAGCAGUUUUUACUUCUGUGUCUGAGUGGCACGUUCCCAACCAUCAGUUUUACUGGUUGUUGCACGCUGCACUUUCAUACAGUUCCCAUGAUUUCCUCCUCUCUCUGGGCUAGUGUCUGCUCUCACCUGCAGGAAGGCACAAAUUGCAAAGGAAGAAAACAAAGCAUUGCCAGUAUCUUUAGCUUCAUUUCUUAAAUUAGCAAGUUAGCGAUUCGUACCAAAGGAAUAGGGGAUAUUUUGUUAUUUUUCUCUUGUUUUGAUUAAAUUAUGGGGGAUUAAGAGAAGUCUUCUGCAAAGGAUGAUUCUCUAGUAUGAAAAUCUGAAUGAAUCCAACUUCCCUCUGAAACAAAUUUAACAAAUUUAACAAAUUAAGAUACUGGAAAUAAGUUAUUUUAGUAUGUGUCCAUUCCAAUGCAUGUCCAUAUAUUGACAAGCAGAUGUGCUUUUCAGCAAGGUGUAUCAUUCCAAAACAGUUUAAUACUAGAUUACAGGAAAUUUAAAUCGGUUCUAGCGUUUUAUAAAUACCUACUUGUUAUUUGGGGUAAAGCAGUAUUGUGUGUAUAUAUGUGGUUAAAUGCUUGCAAUGUGAGUAUUUAUAAAUAUUGAGAACAUGUUAUGUGUAGGAAAAGUAAGGUCGUUAAGUGUCAUAUUUUAAAUUUGUUUACAGAAGUACUUAGGUGUCCAUGAGAAUUGCGUAUCAAGCGGUGCUUGAGGUUGUUGGUGUAUAGGCUGUUAUUUCAAGUCCUGGGAUCUGAAGAGUGGGCCAGAAAUCUGCUGCAUGUCUCUGGAACUGAAGAGAGCGUGCUGCUCAGCACCUAAAUCCAUGUCCACGUUGGUGGGAGUUGUUUACAGCGCUGGCACUUACCUGCCCCUGCCAGUUGUGACGGGGGCAACAUUAAAAAAGGAGUGCUGAGUCUCCUUCUGAUCUCUGACCCGUGGAAAACACAAUGCACACAAAUACUUGAUAGUUGUGAAGUUCUCUUGGGCGGUUUCUUACACCUUCUUUAGGUAGCUGGAGAUGAUCUGAUACUUGAAAAAUCACAAUGUGACUGUUGUCUCUCUUAAGUCACGAUAAGGAGGCUGACUGUAGAGGGGAUGUUUCUCUGCUUUCUGGGAAACAGUUUGUUGGUCUACAUCAGCUAUAUCAGAAUGGGAAGUUCUGUUGCAAAACCUGAAAACAGAAUUAUCCAGAAACAGAUUUAUUUUUUAUGGCAUUCCUAUUGACAGCAGCUUAUUGGUACAUUGGCUUUUUGUUUUUUAAGUAGUGCUUCUGCUGGUUUCCCAAUUUUCUAUUCAUAAACAGUUUGUACUUUUAAUAUUAUUGGUAGUGUGCAGAAUAAUGAGCACUUGAGCUUUUCUGGAUAUCAGUGAUGACACUGAUGCACUCUCGUGCAGGUGUGUAGAGUUUCUAAGUUCAUAUUGGUAUCCAUACAGGACAACCACUGAAUCAAUCUGAACCUUUAUCAUCAGGUUUUUCAAAAAAUAAAUGAAUCUGGUAUUUAGCCUUCUUACAGAGGCAACAACUACAACAAGAAAUUGAUUGUUUAUGAGGUAUUUUCUCCAGCUGUAUCUAAAUCUUGAUACUGAAAUAUUUAAAGCUGACAAUGGCAUAAACUCAACUACAAACUAGAUUUUAUUUGUAAGUGGUACACAACACCUCAUUCUCCUUUAGUGUGUGAGAAGGAGUAGCUAAAUCAUUCAUUUCAAUAUUAAAUUGUUCCACUAAAAACCCUCAUGUUUCCAAGAAUUCCUACAGUUUCAAUUAAAAAGCCAAACUUAUAAAUACCAUUCCUCAAGCUGAACACUUCCUUUCCCAAGGUUUAGCCUUGUCCACGUGAUGUUUGCUCAAAUACAGCUCCUGCAUGUCAUGCUUCUGACAAACGUUACGUUUUCUGUAGUUGAAAUACCUCAUUUUGAACAUUUCAAUCUGUAUUCCUUAUCUGUUAACUCUGCGUUUGGGGGUGGGGAUCUCCAUUCAGUGCUAGCUUGGCAGAUGAAGAGCACAACAGGGCAGGUGAUUAAGGUUUGCAUUUUUAUUCCUUACUGUUCAGCUCCAGCAUCAGAGUUGAAACAUGUUCUUGCUAUUGCUGCCUGCUCGACAAACUGUCAACACCUUUACUGCUCUGUGUUUAAUUUAGAACACGUUGCCUGCAAGACUCCAAUCUGUUGCUACACGUACCUGUGCAAGAUAUGCUUUUGCCCUAGAACUGGAUCUACUUUAUGCCAACAUAACAUGCCUGUUGUUUCUUUUUAAUACAGUCCACUUAGGUAGUGUCCAGUAAAACAUGGAGCUAGAGCUGUUCCCUGUAGCCUAUGUGAAGCUGAAGGAUGCUAUGUGAUAAGUGUGCCUUUAUGGAACGGAAUGGGGGUACUGUGCUGAGUAUAUUUUUAACAGUUGAAUGAAAUUGC